UUUUUGAGCCUGGUGGAACCUCUCAAAUCAGAGAACAGAUGAGCUGCCUGAAUGCAACCCUUUCCGGGGGACUUGGGCAAUCAGUUGGAAGCCAAAUUAGACAAGCCAUCAGUAGUGCACUAUCUGUGCUCUAAGAAGACGGACAGUUACUUUACACUGUGGCUGAAUUUAGAAUUGCUUCUGCCUGUCAUCAUUGACUGCUGGAUUGAUAAUAUCAGGCUUGUGUAUAAUCGAACAAGCAAGAUUACAGAGCCACCAGAUGGAGUGGAUAUCAGAGUCCCAGGCUUUGGACAGACAUUUUCCUUGGAAUUCCUUGACCCAAGCAAAAGGAGUGUUGGCAGUUACUUCUAUUUGCUGGUGCAGAGUUUGGUUGACUGGGGCUACAAGCGGGAUGAAGAUGUAAGAGGAGCACCUUAUGACUGGCGAAAGGCACCAAAUGAGAACGGACACUACUUUGUGGCCCUUCGCAAGAUGAUAGAGUUAAUGUACGAACAGUAUGGAAGUCCUGUUGUCUUAAUUGCCCACAGCAUGGGGAAUAUGUACACCCUCUACUUCCUCAAUCAUCAGUCGCAGGAUUGGAAAGACAAGUACAUAAAGGACUACGUGUCACUGGGUGCUCCCUGGGGAGGAGUUGCUAAAACUCUCCGUGUGCUGGCUUCAGGUGACAACAACAGAAUCCCUGUCAUCAGCUCGCUCAAGAUUCGAGACCAGCAGAGAUCAGCGGUUUCCACAAACUGGAUGCUCCCCUACAACUACACGUGGCCUCCAGACAAGGUCUUUGUAAGCACUCCUACAGCCAACUACACUCUCCGGGAUUAUCAGAGAUUCUACAGGGACAUUGACUUUGAGGAUGGCUGGCUCAUGAGGCAGGACACGGAGCCCCUGGUGUACGAGAUGACACCCCCCGGCGUGCGCAUUCACUGUCUUUAUGGUACUGGUGUAGAAACACCCGAUUCCUUCCAUUAUGAGAGCUUUCCUGAUAAAGAGCCCAAGAUCCUUUACAGUGAUGGGGAUGGUACAGUAAACUUACAGAGUGCCUUGCAAUGUCAAAAAUGGGUGGACAUGCAGAAGCAGGAGGUGGUGAUGUUUGAGCUUUCGGGAAACGAGCAUAUUCAAAUGCUUUCCAAUGAUACUACUAUCACCUAUGUGAAAAAGCUGCUUUUUAAUUUGUGACACCCUGUGAUGACAGUCAUUUUCGUCACCUAUGAUGCCUUUCCUUAAAUUAGGGAAAAUGCCUUUUGAUCCCUUGAUAUUUAGGUAGCUGAAUUAUUUAUUUGGUCUUUUUUUUUCUUCUGUGUUCAAGAAGUUGUUUGGUGUCCUAAAUGAUAAUUUGUCUCAGACUUGUGUUCAUAAUGAAUUGUGGUAUUUUCACAUUAUGAGAAUUUGGUCAAAUAUGCAUUUUGGUACCUCUAGUGUUAUAUCUGAUAUUCAUACAUAAGACUUUCAUUUGAGACUCUGCAGCCCCUUGUACAUACGAUGUGAUUUUCUGCUGUGUGGGCUUUGAAGGUUUUGCACGGGGAGGGCUGGGAAGGACUGCAAUUUGAGAUGCCCAUGAAACAAGGGAAAAAAAUACUAAGAAUUUGGAAAGCAGAGUAAACUUAGCUUAGUUUGUAAGAGUGCAGCUAUACUAAGUGUCAAAGGCAAGAGGUUUGGUACUGCCUUACUUUUUUCACAUCCAGUCUUCCUGUUGCUAGAGCUUUGGGGAAAGAGGAAAGAUGUGUAAAUUGAGAUAUAUUAUUAAGAUUUUUUAAAAAAGCAGGAAAAAAUAGUUUGCUCUUAAAAUUCUAGAUUUUGAUGAYUUAUAAUCCAUAGUGUGAAGGCUGCUGACCUUCUGCUUUACUUCUCAAUAGGGGAAAGAGGCUAAGCAGUGGAAAGUGCUUGUAACAAUCAGUGGCUCUUCAGUCAAAACUAACAGAAUCAAAUACUGGCAAACCUUGCAUACAGUGUGUUAUUUUUACACUUCCGGGUGAAAAACCACAGGAAAUAUCCUGCAGUGGAAAUGAUAAUUAGUGGGCAGUCAUUAAAAAUAGAAUGUGAAUUUCUUAAAGUGAAAGGGAGGAGUCACUGCAAAUAUGAAAUAUAAACUUGUUCUUGGCCAAAUUCUCUGACCCAAUUUGUGGCCAACCAGUGGUUAGAUCAAUACUGCUAAAAAGAAUCUUAAAAUUUAAGGCCUAAAAUGCAGCUCUCAUGAAUUACAGACUUUUCUUAUUACAGUCUCAAGCAGUUGGGCUAUGAAGUUCCUAAAUGUUUCGAUACAGCUCUGGUGAAUUGCUGCAAUAUUGUUUUACUCGGCUUAAAAAGCAUUUCAGAACUAACUCCAGAGAAAAKGCAGCAUAAAUGAGCAUGGUAUUUACAAGCCUGAUUACAGAAAUCAUCUUACAGAAAUAAUUUCACUAAAAGAGUCCCUUUUGCUUACUUUUAAAUCAGUCACUCAGACUGUUAGUUUCCUAAAAAGCCAGUAUCAGUGCUUUUCAAAUGCUGCGUCCUCCAACAAAAAUUUAUUUUACCAUGAAAAAGAAAUGUCAGAAAUACAGAUUUUACAUUACUUAAGAAAUUGAAGCUGUCUAAAGGAUAAGUUUUAAAGAUUUUUGUAGCACACACAAAAUGCUGCCUUUUAAUGUACAAAUGUUGCGAUGACAAUAGGCUUGAAUUCUUGUUUCUGUAAAAUGAAACCACUGUGGCACAGGGUAARUCUAAAGCUUCAAAUUUUAAAUCAGAAAUGACUGUAAAAUCAGAGCAACUUAAACCAGAGUUGUGGAUAAGGUAAAUUGUACUGAGGUUUUAACUUUUUUCAUGUAGAGUAAUGUAGGUUCAUUAUCCUUGCCUAUUACUUUUGGUAAGAGGAGGACUCAGUUCUUCUGCUCUUCUAAAAGAGAAUGUGUAUCUUGUUGUCCAGGAACCUGCACUUCCACAACCAUAUUGCCCAGACUUCCUUGGAGCUGGCACUGAGUUGUCCCAGGCUAUUUGUAAAUGGAAACUGCUGAAAUGAAGCAACACACACAAGCUUUUAGCUGCCUGCUCUAUUGGGUGUAGGGCUGCUGGCUGGACAAGCUUCAGACUUGUUGUUCUGAAGCUGCUCAAGGAUAAAACUCUUGUGGUCUGACUCAGUUUUUGAAUAAAUUGCUAUAUUGCUGUUUUAGAGCAGGAAAAAUAUACAGAAAAUAGAAUUUUUCAAAGUCUGUAUUUCUUGCUGAAGUGGAAAGUUAAUAGUGAGUUUGAGGAGUGGAGAUAGAGGCUGUAUUGCAGGUCACCAAUGUGGGCAGUGGGGGCUGAAAGAGGUUAAGAGCUGUUAGCCUAUAUUCUUGAGCUGGAGAAUGCUUUGAAGCUUCAUUUAGGUCCUUACAUGUAUAGUCAGCGUGUACUUCAGUCUCRUAGCAAGCUCCCUGUAAAGUGAAGGCAGCAAGAAGCUCAUUCUAGUUGCUGAAAAAGAAUCAUUUCCCUCAGCCUUUGGAAAGGCCCUAUUUGCUAAGGGUUGUUCCUCUGUAUCUGAAAGCAGGACUGUUUGGCAGUACUGUUAUAGCCCUGCUACAGCCACGUGCACUUGAGCUUCAGAGCUCUUGUGCAGACAGGGAGAAGUCUGAAGAAACACAUCGUUCUAUAGAGAGAACUUGAUGUUUCCUCAGCAGAACUCAGGUGCUUGGCCACACUUCACAGAUGAAAGGUUCAAAUUCACUGACAUGUCUUCAGUAUACCUGAGACAUACGGAGCAUGUCACACUCUUUCCUGAACUCUUGCAUGGUUUUAUUUCUCCAGGAUGUUUUCAGAAACCCAAAUAGUCUUGAGGACCAAAUGUAUUUAUUUUUGACAAAAUGUAAAAAGAACGCUGAAGGGGCUUCAGCUGGCAUUGUAAUUCUUCUAAAGGGGGUCAGAGUCACUAUGUGAUUCUGUUAAAAACAGAAGGCUUCAAUAACUAGCAAUAAUUGCAAAGGACUUGCAGACCAAAGGAAGGAAAGUUUAGUGUUAAGGUAGUUCUCGGAGCACAGUGUUCAAGGCCCUCUUAAAUUCAGGGAAUGUUUGGGUAUGACUUUGCUGCUCUACACUUUAACAGUAUUUUGUACAGAACAUAAUCUGAGACGUAGCAU